AUGGCAAUGACCGAGGAAGUAGGCUGGCAGACGAAGCUACAAGGUCUCGUAGAAAGAACCGCGUUUAUUUUCAACAACGAGUUACUCAGCGAUGUAAAAUUUGUCGUCCCAUUUUCGCCUAGUGAAAUUGAAUUACGUGCGAAGGUAAUCCCAGCUCACAAGUUUGUGCUCGCAGUCAGUAGUCCCGUGUUCUUUGCCAUGUUCUAUGGUCGAAUGGCAGAGACUAAAGACUCUAUUGAACUGACUGAUUGUGAUUAUGAGAGUCUGUUGGAGUUGUUCCGCUUCUUGUACAGCGACAAAGUGAAUUUAAGGGAAAGUAAUGUGAUGCAAGUGUUGUAUCUGGCAAACAAAUACAUGGUGCCUUCACUCGCCGAGAAAUGUUCAGAAUAUCUCCGAGACAAUUUGACAGCAUCAAACGCGUUCAGUAUUCUGACGCUCGCUCAUAAAUUUGAAGAUAAAAAUUUGGAGUAUCGAUGCUGGAAAGUUAUUGAGAAGCAGACAGAAAAAACUGUGAGAGGAGACGAAUUUGUUACAGUUGAUCGAUCUGUAGUUGAAUCUGUUGUGAAGAAAGAAGUGUUGAAUGUGACAGAAGUGGAACUGUUCAAAGCUGUUGAUCACUGGGCUACGAAAGAAUGUGAAAGGCAAGGAUUAACUGUUGAUGGAGAGAGCAAAAGAAGAAUUCUUGGAGAGGAGAUAAUUCGAGCAAUACGGUUUCCGUUGAUGUCACUGAAGGAGUUUGAGUCAGUUGCGCUCGACUCUAAUAUUCUAACCAUCGAUGAGGUACGCGACAUAAUGAACCAUUUUAAGGGCGCUUUAAAAUUACCUUUGCCAUUUAUGGACAGCGCCAGGAUCCAUUUCCGUUGUAACCGAUUUCCAAAAUUCAAUGUACCGGCCGGAAGUGGCUGGUACCACAGUGGAGCGUACAGUGUAAAUUUUACCAUCAACAAGCCUUUAAAGCUUCUUGGAGUGGAACAGUUUGGCUCAGAAGAUGGCGAGUAUACCGUGUCUACUGAAGUUAAAGAUACAGCCCACAACUCUUGUCUUGGAAAAGUAUCAGGAACGUACACUUCAGUAAAGGACGAUACGGACAUCUACUUUGGCUUCGAUGUAAUGUUCAAUCGUCCAGUUUGUUUGGAGGGAAAUAAACAGUACACGUUGGUGUCAGUUGUAAAGGGUCCUGUGUCAUGGUACGGAGAAGAAGGACAAUUGUCCGUUGAAUCCGGAGGGGUGCAGUUCACCUUCAGUAAAUGUACAUUCAAGAAUGAUAACGGUCACAGCUCAGUGACUUCAGGCCAGUUUCCAGCUUUCAUUUACAGCUAAAUUUUGGUUACAGUACGUAACAGAAUCACUAUUUGGGGGACAAGUCGUUAUUCGUGGCCGAGGGGGUGGGGUAGACGAUUUGGGUGGAUGAAGGAUCUCGGGGGUUCACGUGGUUUCCAGGGGGAUAAAUAAUGACCGGUCGCUUGAGUGUUUUCAUAUUUCACUCCGAAAUUAGAGGUCUAUGAGCCAUGUGAACAGGAUGGUGUCCUGGCGGUUUUAGGAUACUAAAUACUUGUGAUGGGUAAAAUAAUU